AUGUGUGAUGCAUGUUCAGAUUUUCUGCAAUUGCUUGUUUCAUAUGAGUCACAAGUUUGCAGGGACACUAAUGAACAACCCUCACUAAGCGAUAGGGAUGUAGACACUGUAUUUGUCUAUAUACAAACAUGGCCCUCAAGACAAUGCAUGUGUUGUUAUCGAGACCCAAAAAACCUGGAACGGUUCAGCUAUGUAACGCAAGGCCUAAUCUACAUGUCCGUGGGUCAGUUGAAGCAGCUGUCCGAAAGGGGUUCGGAAUCGGAAAAAACAGACGCAAAAGAAAAACCAGACAGCGAACAGCAACAACCAUCGGACGAGUUCAAUAGCGAGAUACAAGAACGAGACAAGCUGCUGAUUUUGGUUUCAAAGAUUUUCCUGUUAAAUUUUCCGUUGUACGUGGCGUACAAGCACACAAUACAAGCAAAAUUGGACGAGCUGACGCAGCAGGAGAUGCAAAAUUUGAAUUUGUUCUGCGAUUUGCACGAUUCCGAGAUACCGAUUUAUUUAUUGAAAAACGUCAGUUUGUUUUGUAAAAUGGGAGGUCUGCUGGCGAUGACCACCUGUUUUACGCAGUUGCUUCCCGAACAUUUGCCCGUUUCAACUGCGCAUGCUAUGAUCACUGUUGUUUGCAACCUAAAACUCUGGAUGAACUACAAGAGCAUGGUAUCUAUGCUUGUACCGUUAAGAUCCUGUGUAUUACGAUACAUGUGCAAAUUAUCAGACCAAGAUUUAAGAACUCCUACAAUUAAAAGCAUGGCAGAUUUCAUGUGGAACGCGAUCAAGGACCCUCUGGACUCCCCAGUGGCGUUCGACUCUGACGGUCUCGAUUUGGCGUUCAAGUACUUCACGUCGAGUACUUUGACGAUGCGUUUGGCCGGCAUCACGCAAAUCAACAAUCAGAUCGGCGUGCUCGCGGAGAUUUGCGUGGGGGAAUCCCUCCCGGAGGCGGAAGCAGCGCCCAGACUCAUGGCCGAUUGGCUGAUUAGCAAUAAUAUUAUUUCGCACAUAUUCGGACCGAAUUUGCAUGUUGAGGUGAUAAAACAAAGCCACAUAAUCCUGAACUUUCUGGCGAUGGAGGGGCGCAUCACGUGCGAGCACAUGGACGUAAUAUGGGCGGCCGCCCAGCUUAAGCACUGCGCCAAACCCGUGCAUGACCUGUUGCCAGGUCUCGUCAAACACUUGGCAGCAGCGCCUACACUGCACCUAUACAACUUGCUCACGAAAUUGGAGCCCAAGGAACACACAGAACAGACGUUAUAUUUGGCAUCAGCGCUGAUCAAAGCUGUUUGGUCGAGAGGUGGCAACGCUUCUGAAGUGGGCCUGAUUAACGUUGCCGCAUCUAACGCCGGUAUAGCGUUGCAUAAAUGCCAAAGUUCUUCCGAAAAUAGUGUCAGCUUGGAUCCUAGCAACUCCGAGGACGAACAUGGUGAAAGUUCAGGCCAAUCAGAAAGCCACAAAUCUGACAGCGAGGACAUAGACGCAGUGGAAAUAGAGGAGGAGGGUCAUAUCGUUGUCGAAAGUGGACCUCCUCCCUGCAAAUUGGCUAGAAAACAGGUUCACUGUGAAGGUAGCAGUACUGACACGGAAAUAGACGGGAUUCCCAUUAAGCCCGAUAAAAAAUGGGUGCAUGUUUCUCCGCACGAUCCCAAGUAUCAAAAAAGGUUAAAUGUUAGGAAAAAGAUCCUUGCUUUGAAUGUUUUACCAGAGGGCGUUGAAGCUAUAGCUUCAAGCAGUUCUCAGGAUGAAGCCGAUACUGAGGAUUCACCAUCAAAAUUGAGAAAAAGGAGGAAAAUGUUAAGGAAAACCAGGGCCAAAAGACAAAAAGGGAACCACAAACGCAUAGCAAAAAUCACCGGCAUGGAGGGCAUGAGCGAGCUGGACAUGGACAGCGAUCACGACAUCAAGUCGGCGCUGAAGGGCGUGACCGUGUGCACGGUGUUGCCGUCUCAGAUCACCGACCUGGUCGACGCAGGACUCAAGCCGGCCGUCUACCUGGAGGAAAGCUCCUCGUGCAGCGACCUGGGAAAGGACGCGCUCGACGGCCACGAGGGCACCUGCGCCAAUUUUUUGAAUCUGCAACGAGCAGGUCGUCACAUUCUUGAAAUGCUCAGCGGGGACGAAGCUGAAGUGGAGGGGGAUGGCGACGGUAGCUACUCGUCGCGAAUGAGCAAUAAAUCCGAAAAAAACAUGGCCGAUUUCGACGGCGAAGACUCCGUGUGCGAAGAAGAACUCGCCCAACUGGCGCAACACGCUCAAAUGAAUCUACAAGCUUUAGCCAAUCAGUCUUCGCCGGAAAAGUCGCCAGUAAGGCCUGAUCCAAGGCUGUCGGGGACAUUUAAAGCAGACAAUGUUUGCCAGCCUGGAAAUACUCUUCUGUGGGAUUUACUGCAAGAUGAUAAGAUUUGUCAGUUGGGUGAAGGUUUAGCUUUGGAAGCAGAAAAAACUUUGUGUAACCUUAUUUGUUACACCCCCGAUAAGGAAAUUAGAAUGAAAUUUAUAGAAGGAUGCCUAAAUAAUCUAGCCAAUAACGCCUCUGUGGUCGUUUCCCUGAAGAUGCUACCCAAACUCCUUACAUCUUUCCGUGGCCUCGACAUGCACCACGUGACCCACUGGGCGGAACGUCAACAUCACAUGAUGACGCACUUUUUCAACAAUCUCAAAGCGUACACGGCGAAUCCCAGCAACGCGUUGCCCAUGUACUCCCAUCAGCUCCAAGUGCAGGUCAGGCUCCAUUUUUUGAGCGCUGUUUUCUCUCCAGUCGUGUCUCCAAACACCUUCAAACUAAGCAUAGAGCAAGUGGACGUGUUGUGGGAAUGCCUGGCGCGCGACGCGGAAUGUUGCGACGAACUGUUCAGUUGGCUGCUUUCGCAGACCAAAACGACCGAGCUGCACGCGCUCAAAAUCGACGCGCUGCGCAGGAUCUACACGCAUCACUUGCCCAGCCUGCCACCGGAAAAGUUCAGCAUGAUCUGCCUGAGUUUGUUUCAACAGCUGUGCAGUUUGAACCACCUGCUGACUGCCACCAUUGAAGAAGAGGGGGAGAACAGGGAGAAUAAUGUAGGCAUGGACCAUAUGUGGAAGAUUGCGCUUAAGGCCAACAACACGGACGUCAGCAUCACAGCAAUUCAGUACAUAAACAGCUACUACAUGGGUCAAAACCUACAGAACGAGGGUCAAUUCGUAGCCCAAUGUAUGACACACCUUAAAGCCGCCUCAGAAGACUUAACAUCUGCAGUCCCUGGCACCGAAGAAGCUUACCUGCUAUGCAUACAGAGGGCGCUGCUCCUAAUGAAAACUCACAUCGAAACUUUUCGCAGAAGGUACGCCUACCACCUGCGCAAGUGGGCGCUGGAAGGCAAAGGCAUCGGCAGCCAUUCGGCUGCGCUCGGGGACCGUUCGAGCACGCCUGUUCGGCUUAUCGUCCAAUCGGGGAGCUCCUCCGAAAAGUGCUACUUCGAUCUUUUCACCACGGACUACGUGGCGGAUUUACGGGCGGAAAUUGUCAAGUGGUGCGACGGUUUGUCGCAAGCGAAGAACCAGGACGAACAGCAUUCGGGAGGUAACGUUAAGAACAACGAUCCUUGGAUAAGGAUUAUAACUCAGGGGCAAGAGUUGCCCCCGGAUUGUGAUGAGAAGACUUUGGGAGAGAUGGGGUUUAAAGAUAAUCAGAUGGUUUAUAUUUCCCUGGGUGUGUCACGAAAUAUGAAAAAACGCGAGUGCCUCGAUUCGCCUUCCAUGCAGCCUCCCCCACCUCGAGAGUCGCUUCCCACUUUGCUCUUGUUACAACCCUCAUACUUUGAACAACUCUUUUCUCUGAUGCACAAUCUGAGUUCUAUGAAGAUACAAGUGAAAGGAGGGAGACAGAUCCCACACACAAAAGCUCAGGUUCUGAGCCGAAGAGUCUGGGACAUUUUGAGCCUAAUGCCGACAAGUCCCAGUCUUCUUCAGGGGUUUCAAAAGCUGGACAGGCCCCUGGCCGAGCUUUUAGACCCCUCUAGCGCGCAAAAACUAAUGUACUCGCUCUACAUCGUGGAAUCUUUAAGCUCAAAGCCUACAAAUUCGAAACUCGACGUGGAAGGUGACAGCAAAGAGGACCCUUGGUGCAUAAAGUUUAUACAGUAUGGUGGAUUGAGGCAUUUAUUUGAUAUUUUUAUGUCAGGCGUUUUGCAAAGGGACGGUGGAGACGGCAGUGAUUGGCAGCAGGAUUGUCUAGCAUCUUUAUUAAAAAUCUUAUGUCAGUUGGGCGUAGACCCUUUACCUCAAGAAACUAGACCAUCUCGUAACGAAAAAAUCAUUAUACCAAACUUAAAUGAGUCUCUUUUGGCCUUAAUCGACGUAAAAACGGCAAUGCCACAGUUGACGAGCAUUUUAGAAGAAGCAUCUCUACCCAAGGACCCAAAUCACUAUAAAACUGGAUUCUGGGGUAGAGCCCAGGUUGUACACUACGCAAUGGCUCUUUUAGUAUCCUGGUUACAUUGCAGCGAGGAGGCUAGACAAGUGUUGUUCCAAAGUCCGAAUUUUUCCACAUGGCUGCAAAGACUUGUUUUGGAAGAUCCAGAACCGCCUGUGAGAAGGGAGGUUUGUUCGGCCAUUUAUAGGUUAUGUUUGGGAAUUUCUGCCUCUGGAGACAGUAUGGAAUCGAGUUUGGUGGCCCCCAUGCUUUCCCAGCUUUUGUCUUAUUUAAAUAACGCUGAAGGGAUGAGAACGCAGAAAUUAGAGUCAAUGCAGGCCCCAGAAGAAGGCAAGGAACCUUACGGUCCCGCGUGUCGCGACUACUUCUGGCUGGUGUCCCGUCUAGUGGACAGCCUACCCGACGACAUGGUUAAGGAAUCCUACGAGGAACCAAUCAGUUCCCUGAUAGACGUCAACGAUCUUACGGACAAAAUCGCGCGUUCCGUUUUGACCAGGGAGUACCUCGAAACAAGGCAUCGAACUGUGGACGACGACGGUCUCAUUGGUUUACUUAAUCUCCUCACCAACUUGAUCAAACACAGACCUCCAUUUCAGACCAGUAAAGGAGGGCAAGAGCUUUUGAAUGAGGUUUUUAAUUUUUUAUUUGCUCUGCCCAACUCAAAACUUCGCUACGUCCCAAAAUGCAAAUCACCGAGGUCUAGAACAGCCGCUUUUGAUUUGUUAGUGGAGUUGGUCAAAGGAUGCCCAGAGAAUUAUGCAGUUUUGCAUGAAAAAUUGUUAAAACAACAUCAACCUGGUCCCAAUUCCCCUUACCCCUGGGACUAUUGGCCGCACGAAGACGGUCGCUCAGACUGCGGAUACGUGGGACUAACAAAUUUGGGUGCGACUUGUUACAUGGCCUCCUGCAUGCAGCACCUCUACAUGAUGCCUCAAGCCAGAGCGUCGAUUCUGGGCGCCGAAACCGAACAUUCGAAACACGAACCGACGCUUAAGGAGUUGCAGAGGAUGUUUGCCUAUUUAUUGGAGAGUGAGAGAAAGGCGUACAACCCGCGCUCGUUCUGCAAAGUCUACACGAUGGACCACCAACCUUUGAACACAGCCGAACAGAAAGACAUGGCGGAGUUCUUCAUCGAUUUAGUCAGUAAGUUGGAGGAGAUGACGCCCGCUCUCAAAGAGGUUAUAAAAAAGUUAUUUUGCGGCGUGAUUAGCAACAACGUCGUCUCUCUUGACUGCGAUCACGUGUCGCGCACGCUGGAGGAGUUUUACACGGUGCGCUGUCAGGUGGCGGACAUGCGCAACUUGUACGAAUCCUUAGACGAGGUUACUGUGAAGGAUACGCUCGAAGGCGACAAUAUGUACACUUGUUCUCAGUGCGGGAAGAAAGUUAGGGCUGAGAAAAGGGCUUGUUUUAAAAAAUUACCACACAUACUGUGUUUUAACACGAUGCGAUACACUUUUAAUAUGUUGACUAUGUUAAAAGAGAAAGUGAAUACGCAUUUUUCUUUUCCGUUAAGGCUAAAUAUGGCUGGGUAUGUGGAAAAACAGUUGAUGCCACAACAUUAUCAAGAAGACAAGCUUAAACAAAACGACCCGUACUCGGAGCAGUACGAGUACGACCUUAUCGGCGUGACUGUACACACUGGCACCGCUGACGGCGGACACUACUACAGUUUCAUAAAAGACCGCACUGCAGGCUCAAGGGACAAGUGGUUUUUAUUUAACGAUGCCGAAGUCAAACCUUUCGACCCCAACCAAAUUGCUGCCGAAUGUUUUGGCGGAGAAAUGACGAGCAAAACAUACGACAGCGUGACGGAUAAGUUCAUGGAUUUUAGCUUCGAAAAAACCAACAGCGCUUAUAUGCUUUUUUACGAGCGUUGUCCCACCGUGACGGCGGACAAUACCGAGAGUUCUUCGACAACUCUCGAGUCAGGUGACCAUCUAUUGACCACUCACGUCGUUCCAACGCCACCUGUGACUACUUUCGAGCUUAGCAAGGAGCUGGAGGAUUGGAUAUGGCAGGAUAAUAUGCAUUUUAUACAGGAUAAGAAUAUUUUCGAGCAUACUUAUUUCAAUUUCAUGUGGCAAAUAUGCGGCUACAUCCCGCAAACAAUCCUGCCAAACCAAUCGGACGUCACGCAAAAAGCGGCCCAACUGUCCACGUCGUUCUUCAUCGAAACAUUUAUCCACGCCAAGGAGAAACCGACGAUGGUGCAAUGGGUGGAAUUGGUCACGAAACAGUUCAACGCUUGCCAGGAGGCGUGCGUGUGGUUUUUGGAGCACAUGGCCGCUGACACCUGGUGGCCGGUACAAGUACUACUCAAGUGCCCGAAUCAAAUGGUCAGGCAGAUGUUCCAGAGGCUGUGCAUACACGUUAUACAGCGCUUGAAGCAAUCUCAUUCUUCCUUAUACUUAACAAUAGACAACGAAACUGCCGAAAGUUCAAAGGAAAAGAAAGAAGGUGAUGCAGUAGACCCCGCUAAAAUUGGGAAUUCCUCCUGUGUUACCAAAUUUAUCAAAACUUUGCUAUCACUUAUGGAGCAUGGUGCAAAAGCCCACUUAAAACACCUUACAGAAUAUUUCGGGUUUUUGUACGAAUUUAGCAAAAUGGGAGAGGACGAAUCUAAAUUUUUAUUGGCUGUAGGAGCUAUUAAUACAAUGGUGCACUUUUAUCUGGGACAAAAGGCAAACGACUUUGUUGACGUAAGUGAAGGCGAGGAAGAAGAGGAGGUAGUGUUGCCGACCGACAAAUACAAACCGGCUUCUUUGGACAAAAUGAUAACGCUUGUUGCCUCGCUAGUGGAAAAAAGUCGCGAUUCCAACAUGAAGUUGCAGAUAAGCGAUAAGGAUUAUAACGCGGUGGCGGGCGGAAAGGGUUUCGCCUUUUUGUACCAGCAAAUCAAGGAUAACAUCAACUUGCAGCAGACCAAGAAUCUUAUACAUUCCUUGUGCAGGGGUAACAGCCAGCUGGCGCAGUCGAUUAUAUGCAUGAUAUCGCAGGCGAUAUCUCGUCAUUCAGACACCUGCCAACCGUUCUUCAAAAUACUAACCCUACUAACUGAAGGCGGUAGCGCCCAAGGCGCAGGCCCGGGCGGCACGUCUAGCCAGCCUUGCUUUACGCAGCUCGUCCUUCAAAAGGUGUGGGAGGCGGCGGAAUGUUGCCCGUACUCGGCGCUGGAUUGGCUGGCGCUGCAGGUCACUCGAAAUAGGUUGGUGCAUCAGUGGGUGCUGAGUAGCCUGGACUCUUGGCUCGAGCAUUUCCUUAUUGCUCACAAUAAUCAGAGGGUCAGAAACACUGCCGGCUAUCUUUUGGUAUCGCUGGUACCAAGCUCGCCGUUCCGACAGGGAUUUCGCGCGACGCAUCGCAUGCAGCGCGAGCCGCAACUGUCGCCCGAGGCGCAAGCCAUACUUCACCAAAUCUACACGGGCCUGUUAAGGCUGCUCACCACCGCCAAACACUACACCGACAUGCAGCAGCACGGCACCAUGAAACUCACCACCUACUUUGCCCUGUUGAUGUACUGUUGCAUAUCGAGGACUGAAAGAUUAAUGUUUGGACAAUACUUUAUUCAACUUUGGCACCUAUUUCACCCAAAAUUAUCAGAACCAUCAAUACCAGCGUACCAUAAUAAACAGGCCUUGUUAGCCUUUUGGAACCACGUCUGCACAGAUUGUCCCGAAAAUGUACAAUUAAUGCUGCAAAACGCUCACGUUACUAAGAAUAUAGCGUUCAACUAUAUUUUGGCUGAUCAUGACGACCAGGAAAUAGUGAUGUAUAACCGUGCGAUGUUGCCAGCUUACUACGGCCUACUGAGGAUGAUGUGCCAGCAGUCGCGUGUGUUCACGCGUAAUCUGGCUCAGCAUCAGAAUUUGCAGUGGGCGUUCAAAAAUAUUACUCCUCACCCCACUCAGUAUCCACAGGCUGUGGAAGAGUUGUUUAAAUUGAUGCAGUUGAUGGUUAUGAAGCACCCUGAAGCUACGGAGACUGAACAAAGGGAAAUUUGUAAUUUUAGGAGGACGACGUUGAUGACGUAUUUACAGUGUUUGGACGGCAGAACCAGCUGGGGAACCCUGAUUUCCGCUUUCCGAAUCCUAUUAGAGUCCAACGACGAUAAACUCUACGUAGUUUAUAAUGGCGGCCUACAAAUCGUAUUCGAGUGUUUUCAAAAUUUACACGUGAUGCUCCACGAAGCGACCGCCUGCCACGUUUGCGGCGAUCUGCUCGACAUCCUAACCAUCGUACAAGACUUGGUCAGGUGCGUACGGUCGUACAGGGACAGCAAAGAUGCGCGCGGAUUGUUGAUGGCUACCAAAGACUUUCCAGAGGUGCUUAGAAAGCUGGCAACCCUGCUCAAUACCUACAACCCGCCAGAAAUGAGAGCACUUUGUAUAGACAUACUAAAAGAAUUCGUACUAAUAAUGGCUCCAGAAGCGAUGCAGACUUUGGUGCCUCUGCUGUGCCAUUGUCACGCGGCUUUCCAAGAAAGCCACGACGCCGUACCGUUAGGUCCGUACUUUCCCCGUAGGGGGCACUCUUUACCAGUGGUGGCGGGAAAAGGGGGCGCUCGGCCCCUUAGGCCCAUGGUCCAAAUGACUGUUCCGCACAAUCAACUCGAAUGUAGCAGGGGUGUAGACCAGGAAUAUGAUGAAGCGUUAGACAAAUUUUACACGCCGUAUCAUGACUUUAUAGACAUGUUGUUUAGGUUAGCUGUAAAUAACGAUACAGUUUCCGAGGUUUUAGUUAAUUUAAGUGCUGUGGUUGGUUUCGAAGCUGUUCCUUUACAUUCCCCUUAUUUUCCCAAAUUGUGGCUGGACAUUCUAAAAGCACAGCACAUUGAUAGAAAAUACAUAUCAAUGCUGACAUCUAGCAACUAUUUUGUGGACUACAUAGAUGCAGUUCUAUUGGACGAACGUUCCGCUCUUACAACAGACAUAAUCUAUGAAUUUUUAUGCGCAUUUUUCCCAAAGGUUUCUGCCCAUGUCCUCUCGGAACAGACGCUGACGAUGAUCGACAACACUGUGGUGUCGCUGAGCGAGCAGACGGCAUCGCUGGAUCUGACGAAGACGGCCCGCCGCUUGGCGGGCGAUUUGCGAGCGCUGAUUUUGGUGUACAACAGCCCGGAGGCGGUACCGCCGCCCCUCUUGCAGACGACGCUCAUACAGAUACAGGUCAAGGUCAAGGCGGAUAUAGCCAAGGUCGAAGCUAAAGAAAAAGCUUUGGAGGAUAAAAAGGCAGCCAAAGUGUCUAAAAAGGAGAGUGCUGGUAGUGCGAGCGAAGACAAGCCGGGCACUUCGAAGGAAGAGACUUCGUCGCCGACAAGUGAAAGUCCGACGAAACAGCAAAACAAAAACAGUGCGUCGACGUCGGCGGUCGGUGCGAAAAGUGAUAGCGAGUCGUCGGAAGGGCCGAACACCUCCGACGAAGAUCAAACAAAGCCGAAACAAACGAACGGUCCUUUGGACGAUUUGAAAUUGUUAGACAAAACAAUAAACGAGCUGAUAGCUAUUGUCGAUAAAAAUGCUUAACAAUUUCAAACGACCAAAGUAUAAUUAUUAUUUUUUGUUCUCUCAAAUUUUAUAUUAUUUAUCUUAUUUCUAUAUAUAUAUAAUGUAUUAAUAAAUGUACAUUAAAAGCUUUAAAACCGAAUGACUGGAUUAAAAAGUGGUCGUAAAGCAGGGUUUCUCUAUUUAAGUUAUGUACAUUUUGUUUGCCUUUAAAAUGUGUAAGUGAAAUAUAAAAGCAUUUGUAAAAAAAAAUCGCUUCGAAAAUUGUGUAAACUUGUUUUUCCAUAAGACUGUUAUUAAUAAAUACUUUUUAAUACAA